GAGAGAAUUCCAAGCAGGCUCCAUGCUGUCAGAGUCCAAUGUGGGGCUCAAUCUCACAAACCAUAAGAUCAUGACCUGAGCCAAAAUCAAGAGUUGGAUGCCCAACUGACUGAGCCUCCCGGGCACCUCUGUUGUUUUACUUUUAAAUGGAGGUUUCAGAGAAUGGGCUUAUUUGGACUUUUUAGCCACUGUACUUAUUUGCUAUUUUUAAGAAGUUGUGUAUCGGUUUUUUUCUGCUAAAACACAAAAUCUUCUGGUCUUUGAAACAAAAGGCAGGCGUUUACUAUGUAUGAGGAGCAUGCACACCAGAAUCAGCACUAGAGAGAUGUAACUAUGGCACUAAGAGCAUUAAUUUCGACCAGGUCAGAGGGAGUAAACGAAGCCUAAAUGGUUUAACUUGCACUUAUCAACCUCCAAUUGUUCCAGGAGGAGGAACAAUUCCCUCCAGGAAUGGAGGGAAUACGUCAUGAUUUCAGCAUUAUCAGUGUCAAUCACAAUGGUCCUAAGAACAUGUCCUACACUUUUCAAACCCUACAAUGAAAGAAAAAAGAAAACACUCAAGUAUGAUAGAUGUUUUCAUGCUAACAUAACUGAGCUUCUCCUUGAAAAUUUUGUAACCAAUGAUCAUAUAUUCUUGUUCUAGAAGCCUUUAAAAUACAUCCAUGGUCUAAUUUCUCAAAAACACUGACAGGCGGGGCGCCUGGAUGGCUUAAUAGGUUAACCAUCUGACUUCUGUUGAGGUCAUAUCUCACAGUCCAUGAGUUCGAGCCCUAUAUCAGGCUCUAUGCUGACAGCUCAGAGCCUGGAGCCUGGAGCCUGCUUCUGAUUCUGUGUCUCCCUCUCUCUCUGCCUCUCCCCCGCUCAUGCUCUGUCUCUGUCUCAAGAAUAAACAAACAUUAAAAAUAAUUUUUUAAAAAAAGCACUGACACAGAAACAUCCAUCCAAGCACAGUUUAAUAGAACUAGGACACAAACCCGAAAGAUACUUUAGAAUGAUCUAGUACCUGCAUUACAAAAGCAAAAAUAAACAGGAGAAAUUAAUUUUAAUAACGUACUUAACCUAAUACAUCAAAAAUACCAUUUCAACAUAUGCUGAAUAUAAAAAUAUUGAGAUUUUAUUAACUGUACUAUUUGUAUACAAUAGUGAAAUUUUACUACUUGUAAUGUUUUUUAUAGUAUCUCCUAAAACAUCUUUAAAACCCAGUGUGUAUUUUGCAUUCACAGCACAUGUCAAUCUGAAAUGGCCACGUUUCAAGUGCUCAAUAGUCCCAUGUGGCUACAUAGUGGACAUCACAAAGUCUAUGUCAUUAGGAAACUGAGUGAGGGAAAAGGAAGGAAUAAGCAUCAAGACCAGACUCUAACCCUUCAACUCUUUCUGCUAAAAAGAAAAAUGAAAUGCAAUUUUGACUGUGAAAAUGUUCUAGUAGAUGACACAACGAAGGGCCUACUUUCAAAGUAACUCCCUCUAAAUUUCAGUACAAUUUUCUGUCACCCAUUACUUCCCCUCUCAGCCUACAUUCCUCCAGCAUGAAGAGCUCUUGUCAAUUUACGAAAAAAGCAGGCCAGGAAGCUCAGUGAAACCUCUCCAGGCUUAGCCACAACCGAACAAUGUUACCUUCAUUUCCUUUCUUUGUUUCUCAGAAUUUCAGUUCACUUACCUCCUCUGCAAACUAACUUCCAACACAACUGGUAGCAAAAGAACUACCGGAAUACAAAAGUGUGAUGUCAAAAUAUCCCUUCUAGGGGCGCCUGACCGGCUUGAUUGGUAAAGUGAACUCUUGAUCUCAGGGUUGUGAGUUUGAGCCCCAUGUUGGGUGUCGAAGUUACUCAAAAAUAAAAUCUUAAGGGAUGCCUGGGCAGCUCAGUCAGUUAAGAGACCGAGUCUGUAUUUCGGCUCAGGUCAUGAUCUCGCAGUUCAUGAGUUGUAGCCCACCACCCCCACCUCACAGGGCUCCAUACUGACAACGCAGAGCCUGCUUGGGAUUCUCUCUUUAUCCCUCUCUCUGCCCCUCCCUUGCUUGUGCUCCCAGUCACUCACGCUCGCUUGCUUUCUGAAAAUAAACUUAAAUCAUUAGUCUCUUUAUGAAAAUAAAUAAAAAUAACUUCUUAACAAAAAUCCCUUCUAGAAGCAAACAUACAUGGGAAUUCCAAAAUCAUGCAAUCACACCAGGGAAAACCCAGGCUUCCUCGUAAUCUCAGACGUUCCCACCAGUCCACACAAUCUAGUAAGUUCACCAAUAAAAUUUCCUAUAAGAAUUAGAAAAAUUGUAACCUAGCAUUGUGAAUAUAGAUGUUUUAACAGAAAAUAGUCGCUAAUUUUAAUUACUAACGUCCCUACCAUUUUUUUAAACAGAUUCUUCGGAUUUUUUUUUUUUUUUGAAGAGUCAUCCUUCCUUUCCCUCAAGAUGACAAACAGUUCUCUCUUCUGCCCAGUUUACACAGGUCUGGAGCCGUUCACAUAUUUUUUUUAUUUAGUUUUUCUUGUUGGAAUUAUCGGAAGUGGUUUUGCAACCUGGGCUUUCAUACAGAACAACACAAAUCACAGGUGUGUAAGCAUAUACUUAAUUAACUUGCUUACAGCUGAUUUCCUGCUCACUCUGGCAUUACCAGUGAAAAUUGUUGUUGACUUGGGUGUGGCACCCUGGAAGCUGAAGAUAUUUCACUGCCAAGUGACAGCCUGCCUCAUCUACAUUAAUAUGUACUUAUCAAUUAUCUUCUUAGCAUUUGUCAGUAUUGAUCGUUGUCUUCAGUUGACGUACAGCUCUAAGAUUUAUCGGAUACAAGAACCUGGAUUUGCCAAAAUGAUAUCGACCGUGGUGUGGCUAAUGGUCCUUCUUAUAAUGGUGCCCAACAUGAUAAUUCCCAUCAAAGACAUCGAGGAGAAGCCAAAUGUGGGAUGCAUGGAAUUCAAAAAGGAGUUUGGAAGAAACUGGCAUUUGCUGACCAAUUUCAUAUGUGUAGCAAUAUUUUUAAAUUUCUCAGCCAUCAUUUUAAUAUCUAACUGUCUUGUAAUUCGACAACUCUACAGAAACAAAGAUAAUGAAAAUUAUCUAUAUGUGAAAAGGGCCCUCAUCAACAUACUUUUAGUGACUACAGGCUACAUCAUAUGCUUUGUUCCGUAUCACAUUGUCCGAAUCCCAUACACCCUCAGCCAGACAGAAGUAAUAUCUGACUGCCCAACCAGGAUUUCACUCUUCAAAGCCAAAGAGGCCACGCUGCUCCUGGCAGUGUCGAACCUGUGUUUUGAUCCUAUCCUGUACUACCAUCUCUCAAAAGCAUUCCGCCUAAAAGUCACCAAGACUUUUGUUUCACAUAAGGAGACCAAGACUCCAAAAGAAAAAUCAAGUGGUGAGAGCAGUGCAUAAAAUAUGGGAUAUUUCAUGCUAUCACUUCCUGUCUCAGUGACAGUAAGUACUGGGAAAGAGAAAAGAUAGCCUAAGUAAAAGACAGCUACCAUAUGUGGCCUGCUUUACUCAGAAACUGUUUCUAAAUGUAAAUCGAGCAGCACCCUUGUGGUGCUUAAACCACGUUCAUACAAAAACAAAACAAAAAACCUAAAAAGUACUGCUGAACCAACACAACACCUUGCAUUAUCCUUGAAACCUAAAGAAGUUUUAUGACACAGACUCAGAGUCAUUCAUGAAGUAUCUAUUUGAAUAUUGGGAACUGACUUCUUGAUAGAAAUAUGCAAAAUGAUCUCCAUGUAAGAUGCCAGAAAGCCCUUUGGCAACACGAUUUAAAACCAUUUAGAUCAUACUAAAUAAAAUCCAGCUUCUUUACAUGAAACCACUUGUCCUGAUUUAUUUUUAGUCAUCAUCUAGCUCACUACUCCAAUUUUUAAGAUCUAAUGGUUUUUCUAAAACAAUAACUAAAACUGUUUAUUUCGAAAAAGGCUUGAAAAUACAUGGAUAGUUUUCAAUGUACUAUAUAUACUCAUAUUCUCAUAGAUUAUAAAGAUUUUCUAAUGUUAGCGAUGACAACUUCAGUGACUUCUUAUUUUCAUUUUGUAGUAACAUGAAAUAUUACCCUAUAACAUUUCCAAGCACGGUAUUAAACUAUACUAACUGCUGAAACUACUGUUUUGGAACUAGAAACUCACAUCAAAGGUACGGAAAAACAGCACUAGUCAAAUGGCCUUAAAAUAGACAUGCCAGAUCCACAUAGCAAGGCCUUCUUACGAACACAACACGUGCUGGGCUGACUGGUGCCAUGUCUGAGACUGACCCCACGUGGGGCCAACAGUUUAAAGAAUGGGUGACUCUAGCUCUCAGGGUCACAAUCCUUAGAUCAAAUUCUCUAGACUACAAGUAAUGCAGAAAGAAUUCAAUAGAUGGUAUUAAAUAAAAGAUUUAGGAAAAAGAAGAUUGAAAAGUUUAGAUAACCAGACUUGAGACUAUGUGGGGGUUUUUUCUCAUUUCAAGAGCAAAAGCCCAACUUUUACAACAAUUACAACAAUUGCUAAUACAUUUGUACUAGCUGAGGUGAUUAAUAAAUGGUGUUCCUGGCAGCACUCUCGAGAGACAGAGAGCUCGCCCACUCUCACAUCUCAAAAGUGUACUUUCGCUUUAAUAAACUUUCCCAUUUAUGUUAAAAACAAAAACAAAAAAAGAAAGAAAGAAAUGGUGUUCCUGGAAGCUAACAAAACAGGUUUCAUUCCGGGGCUAUUUUUAGUACCGCAUUGAGAGGAAUUAUUUUCUGAAGCUUGAACCCAAGACAAUUCCUGUGUACAAUUUCAGUAUUCCCGGAUUUUGAAGAGAAUAAUAAGUGAGAAAAUGCACAAAAGAAAAUGUCUGUUACCCUUCUAACAUGGUAAGUGCUGGACAAAUUCUAGUUAGCUAGUGGUAAUGACAGAACCCCACACUGCAUCACCUAUCUGACACAAGGUGUAAAGGACACAAUUAUGUUACAGGCUGGUAGAAUGGUGAUACACUAAAACUUGUCCUUGUCAAUAGUCUAACAACAUGUUGUUACUGACAGGCAGAUCAAGACAUCAUUCAUAUAGUCCUACAUACAACUACUAGAUUCUUUUCCUGAAUCUUUUAGUCAAGGCCCUAGUAGUCUUCUUUCCUUGGUCUUCACUCACUAGAGCCACAUCUUCAAGAUCGGGGCUGGAGGGAGGAGGCACACAAUUUUUUUUUUUCCCCAGCACAUUCUCAUAUUUUCCUCACAUGCAUAAUAAGUUAGUCAAACUUUCCCUUUUUAUUAAGAAAGAGAGGGGCGCCUGGGUGGCGCAGUCGGUUAAGCGUCCGACUUCAGCCAGGUCACGAUCUCG